GAACACUUGUGUCGGGGUUAUGUCCAGCGCCACGCCGCUCUAGCCGCCGCCGCGGACAUGGAGAAGAGGAUCGAGCUCGAGCGGAGGGGCAGGAACCCCGCCAAGAUCACAGAGCUAAACUUGGACAACUGCAAGAGCACCUCCAUUGUAGGGCUUACUGAGGAGUUCGAGAAUUUGGAAGUGUUAAGCCUGAUAAAUGUGGGUCUCACAUCUCUCAAAGGGUUCCCAGCCCUUCCCAAUCUGCGGAAGCUGGAGCUCAGUGACAACCGAAUCUCAGGUGGUUUGUCAGCCCUGACAUGCCUCCCCAAAUUGUCAUACCUCAACCUUUCCGGAAACAAGAUAAAGGACUUGGAAACUCUUGAGGCCUUGAAGGACCUAAAAUCUCUGGUAAAUUUGGAUCUAUUCAACUGUGAAGUGUCACAGAUUGAGAACUACAGAGAAAAGAUGUUCAGUUUGAUACCAUCGCUUGUGUUUCUGGAUGGUUUCGAUAAGGAGGACAACAGCGAGGAUGAAGAAGAUGGGGAAGAGGAGGAAGAUGGUGUAGAUGCUUUAGAAGGAGACCCAGAGCAGGAUGAUGAAGACAUAGAUGGCGAGGAGGAAGAGGAGAUAGAUGAAGAGGAGGUAGAAGAGGAAGAAGACGAAGACGAGGAUGAAGAAGAUGUGCCUCUGGAUGCUCUCUACAAGGAGUAUAAUCCUAUCGGAGAUGAUGACUACGAAGCAGCAGAUGGUGAGCUGAAAACCGAGGUCAGAAGAGGAAACUGGAAGAGAGCGAAGACUAGUGUCAUACAUCCAGCAUGUGUGUGACAGCCUGUAGCCAGAGGAGCGAGUAUUGGCAGUAGCUUGCCUCGUUUGUCUCCGUGAUGGGGCAGUAUAUAUGGGCUCAGGGCCUAAGGCUUGUGUAAUUCAUGUAUAAAGUAGAGUGAAGAUAUUUAUUGUGAUCAAAACAGUGGUAUCUUUUUAGGGAGUAUUAAGCAAAUGAUGACCACCAAUCAUAUCUCUACAUACCUGGUAUCCAAAAGCUGCAGGCCAAACUUCUGUAACCAUAGUUUUGCUUGGAGGUCAGUCUUCUUGCAGGUGUUUUUAAGCCCAGCCAUUCACAGCCUUCCUUAGUGAUAUCACAGCUGGCUCGUCUUUCCCCUAAUUUAUAUCAGUGCCCCCUCUCGGCCUGGCUAACCCCUGCCCUGACUGCCACUCGCCCGCUUGCCCCAACCCUACUCAUCCAUCGCCCGGUUACGAAGGCCAGUGAGGUACAUCUUGAUUCAAAAGUUGCGCCAUAAUGGGAUCUUCUUGAAAGUCACGGUGUAUAUUGAGUACAUAACCCAUAUUCCUGGCUAAAUGUGAUUAUCAAAACUAAGGUAAUAUAGUUGGAUUUGCCUUUUUGGAGUGGCAAAUGUUCAUCAGCUGGAAAUAUAGAAGGAACUUGAUUUUCUGUCUCCAGUAGAAUAACAUCAUAAGGUUUAUAUUAGUUAUUGUAAUGGUUAAGAUUUUAAAGUUGGAAUAUUUUAAUAGUAGCAGACAAGACUUUGCAAGCAAAACUUAGACAUAUUAGAAAAGAGAGCAAUCCAGAACUUUGAGACUAAAUGACUAAAUGUCAUUACUGGCCUCAAAUAACCGUGGUUGACAAAUGUGUGGCAGACUUGGCUAGUGUAAAUGUUGGCGGAGAUGUUCGUAUAGCUGGUGGCAGACAAGACAUUAGGUAUAGCUGGCAGCAAAUAUGGUUGAUGCGUUUGCCCAUCUAAACUGCUGUAAAUCACUUGAAAGUUGCUUUUUUCCUUUGAUGUUUGUAUCUAGGAUUUGUUAAAAGUCCUGGGAAUGUUGUCAGAAAUUUAACUUUUAUCUGUUUGUUGUUUAAUGAUGGUUCAAAUUUUUUGAAAAUUUAAUAUCAGCAAUAAUAUUUUCAGUUUGAAUUAUCAUUGGUCGACAGUGUCUAUAUUUCUAUAUGUCUGAUAGCUAUGAUGGUUGGUUACAGGGGAUGUAUAUAAACAAUACAGAGUGUAACACGAUCAUCAUCAAUACCAUAAUUAUAAGACACGUUGAAACAUGAUUGUCAAAGGCUA